AUGUCUACAUAUGCCACCCUCACAUUUUAUAGGCUUAAGAGCACAUCACGUUCCCUUUUGUGCGUGAUUUAUGAUCUAUCUAUCUAUCUAUCUAUCUAUCUAUCUAUCUAUCUAUCUAUCUAUCUAUCUAUGUUAGUCUGUCUCUAUCUAUCUAUCUAUCUAUCUAUCUAUCUAUCUCAGUCUGUCUAUCUAUCUAUCUAUCUAUCUAUCUAUCUAUCUAUCUAUCUAUCUAUCUAUCUAUCAGUCUGUUUCCUUCUAUCUAUCUAUCUAUCUAUCUCAGUCUGUUUACUUCUAUCUAUCUAUCUAUCUAUCUAUCUAUCUAUCUAUCUAUCUAUCUAUCUAUCUAUCUAUCAUCCAAUGGCAAGUCUCAGGGCUCAGGUUGUCGUUAUCGAUUAUUUGCUGAAACUGAUGGUCGCUCCUGCAUUAGUACAGCAGCAGAUGUCAUAUGUCAAAGCAAGCCUUUCCUUCAGCGUAACGUUCGCGCACUUUUCUCGCCAUUCUAGUCGCGUUUUAUUGUCUUUUUUAUUUUUAUUUUCCGUUACUUUUCACUUUUUGUUGCUCUUUUCUUUCCUAGCAUGCCUGAAAUUGUUGCUAUUUCCUUCUUUAAAAUGUACCUUUCUUUCUUUCUUUUUCUUUUUCUUUCGUUCUUUCUUUUUUUUUUUUUCGUUCUUUCUUUCUGUUUAUUCCUUCGUUUACGAUUUAUUCUUCUAUUUUUUGUUUAAUCCUUCUUUCUUUCUUUCUUUCUUUCUUUCUUGUUUCUUUCUUUCUUUCUUUCUUUCUUUCUUGUUUCUUUCUUUCUUUCUUGUUUUUCAAUGUUAUUCUCAUGCAAAGUUCUUUCAUCAAUUUUUAAAUCUGUUUUUUUCUCUUCCUCUCAAUCAUACGUCUUUUUUUUUAACAAAUACUUUUGUCUUUCCCUCCAUCCUUUCCUAUUCUAUCCCCUCAUCUUUUAUCGUCUGCUAUGCAUUUGCAUCACUUCCUAAACAAAACCAGACUCUGUCCAAAAUUUUCCCUGCUGCUACCAAAACGAUUCUUUUUUUUUCUCUCUCGGUGCGUCUUCCGUCAUUCAUCUUAUUACUCCGCCUACUGCCAUCUCCUCUGACAACGUUUCCCAUAAUUCCUCACAGAACUCAAUCUUUCUUCUCGUUUCGCUUUCUACGAAGUUUUAUUACUUCCCUAUAG